CAACUGUUCCCGAAUAUGGAUAUACGGUACGGGUACGAUACGGGGAUUAGGAACAACCCUGGGCAUGCGUCUGGAAAUUUUGAAAGCAAGCGUCUACAAUUUUACUUAGCAAUUAUGUCAAGAUUCAUAGAUAAGACGUUUAAAUUACGUGAUAAAUUCACUUUACCAAAGUCAUCUUCACUACAAUGGUUUCCAGGUCACAUGAAGAAAGGACUAGACCAGAUUCAGUCAGCUUUACGCAAUAUUGAUGCUGUGAUCGAAGUUCAUGAUGCAAGAAUUCCAUUUUCUGGGCGUAACACACAGCUGAGACAUGUUAUUCAUAUCCGUCCGCACAUUCUUAUUCUCAACAAAUGCGAUCUUGCAGAUUUAUCGAAAAAGCAACAAAUCUUAGAGAAAAUCAAAUCAGAGGGAGUAAACAAUGUACAGUUUACGUCAUGUAAUGAUCGGUAUAUAACAAGACAUGUAAAGAAUGAUAUCGUUCCUAUGUUACUUAAAGACAUUGAUAGCCGCGGGCGUUUCAGGACGGAUAUCAUGAAUCAAUAUAACAUUUUAGUCAUAGGAGUUCCAAAUGUUGGCAAAUCAACACUUUUAAAUAAGUUAAUGCAAACAUACACAACCAAGAAAAAGUGUGCACCAGUGGGUGCUAUGCCUGGUGUAACGAGAUCUAUAAUGAACAAGGUCAGGGUGAACUUUGACCCUGAAAUGUUUGUCGUUGACACGCCAGGAAUCUUGCAUCCUCACAUACCAAACACUGAGAAUGGAAUGAGACUAGCACUGUGUGAUUGUAUCCCAAAUCAUCUAGUGGGUAAAGAUCAGAUUGUGGAUUACCUUUUGUUCUGGUUGAAUAAACAUGAGAAUUUCUCAUAUGUUGAUCGCUAUGAGUUAACUGGGCCAACAGAUAAUGUGGUAGAUUUUAUGGUAGCAGCAGCGUUAAAACAUAGAUUUGUUGUACCAUAUAAUGAUGGUUCCAAAAGCACAGAGAAAAAAUACAAGGUCAACUUUGACAGAACUGCAAGUUUUAUAAUCAAAGAAUUUCAGCAUGGGCAUUUUGGAAAAGUAAUGUUAGACGAUGAUUGCUUAUAGAUUAGACAUUAUGCUUCUUUAUUAAGCAAAGUUUUAACAUUUUCAGAAAGAAACCUGCCUCCAGAUGAACUUUUUAUUCUUUUUAAAAAUAAAUUUUUAAUAUAGACACGAGCUCUGCCAAGCAGGGCAAUAAUUAUUCCCGAAGGGAUAAUAUCAGAGGACGGCGUAGGCAAAGUUGAAAGAUGUUUUGUUUUUUUGGUGGGAGGUGUGCAGGUGGUGGUUUUCAGGGGAAGAAAGGUCAAGAUACUGAAUGAAUUAUUUUUUUUGGGGGGGUGGGGGCAUGGUAGGGGGGUUAUAUAUUCCAAGUUUCAAGUCAAUACUGUUAAUAUUUUAAUGCCCCCGGCAUCUACUGAUGAGGGAGGCAUAUAGUGAUUGUCCUGUUCGUCUGUCCGUACGAGGUUAACCAAAUGGGACUGUUUCGUCUAGCAUCAAUACCCCUAACUAGAAUGACUUGAUACUAAUACAGAUGUAACUUGUGACCAUUCCUCAUCUUCAGACAUCACCUGACCUCAGUUUGACCUUGAACUUGACCUCGUUUUGGACUUGGUUUGCUUUGUAUCGACAAGGAUGCCACAAGGGGCAUCAAGCGUUUAUUGAACGCAGCUACUUGUUUGUUAUGGUCUUGACGAUAAAUAUGAUGGGCGUAUUUGACCUUGACCUUUGACCUACCACCCUGGUUCAUACUGUACACUGUACACAUCGUCUCGUCACCAUCUACCUACAUCCCAAGUUUGAAGUCAAUACCUUGAAUGGUUAAUAAGUUAUGCUUCAAACACUAAAUAUGACGAACAGAUUUGACAUUUGAGCUCAAGUUGUGACAUUGACCUUAAACCUACAGACCAGGUUCAUGUUCUCUUACAUUACCUCAUCACUUCCCACCUACAUGGCAAGUUUGAAGUCAAUACCUUGAAUGAUUAAUAAGUUAUGCUCUGGACAAAAAUAUGAUGAAACUUUGAGCUCAGUUUGUGACCUUUACCUUUUUCCUGCAGAGCUGGUUUUGCACAUCGUCCAUCCCCAUCUACCUGUAUGCCAAGUUUAAAGUCUUUCAUGGUUAUGAAGUUAUGCUCCGGACACAAAUUUUGAUGGACAGACGCACACUCCAUCACAUAUUAUAAUGCAAACUGGCAUAUAAAAAUGAUAAAACAGUAUUGUUUAAGUAGAUAUUUUAAUGUGUAUCAUAAAGUAAAGCUAAAUGUCUUCUAUUUUGCUUCAAAUUUCAGUGGCAUGACUAACAUUUUUGUAUGUUUUCUACAUGUAUUUUAUUGGGUUUCAUGCUUACAGAGUGUUUUAUAGAAAAAAAGAUCCUGAAAUGCUUAAAAUCACUUUAUAUUUUCUUUUUAUUGCAGUAACUAACUAAUGAAAUCAUUUUUCUAUAUUUUGAAAAAUUUGACAAAUCUGAAGGCAUGCAGCUUUAAGUUGACUGUGUCAUAUAAUUACAUGUAGAGUACUAAUUGAAUGGAGGUAUAUUCAUAAGUGUACAUAUUUCCGCAUUAUUCAAAGGUAAAAUGUACCCCUAAGUACCUAUGUGUUGGGGUCUUUUUCAUGUGUAACUCUGGUAGGAAUUUGAUAUCUGCAACUAAUCUAGUGAAUAAUUUAACUUGUUCUUAAAAUGUUCAAGAGAAUGAAAAACAUUGUAAAAGAAAAUGCAGUGUGAAUCUUUUUAUAUAAUUUCAUAUACUUAUAAUUUUGUUUAUUUCAAGUUCUUCUAUAAAAUGUUUGCUUAAAAAUGUCAAAAACUGUUGUAAUCAGUUUAAUCACUAGAGUCUAAUUGCCAUACUUAAUGAAGAAAAAAAACAUUGUGGUUAUUAUUUUGGCUUACAAGUGUGAUUUUGUCAACUUUAUGAAAAAUAAAAAAAACAACCUUGA